AUUUUGCGAAAAUCCCCUCACUGUAUUCCCGACAAACGACGCACUCCCCCACCCCCGCUCCUCUCCCCGCCGGUUCCCCCUGCUCCUCUCCCUUGCCGGAGCACUCUGCUCGGCUCCCCAAGAAGCUUCUGCUCGCGUCGCCGGAGAUUCCCCGCGCAGCUCCCUGCUCUGCUCUCCCUCCUUGUUCCCCUCUUCCUCCGCCGCGUUGCUUCCCCGAGCGAGGAGAAGCCUCGAUUUUUCCGACCUCCUCCAACAGAAGCCGCAGCUGCCCCGCUCCACCACCGCCAACGCCGCCGCAACUGCCUCCUCCGCCGCUCUCUCCUGCUCGCGCAGCUCCAGCUUGCCUUCCUCUCCUAGCUUCCCCCCUCCCUAGUGACCUCCGCGCUCUGCUCCGGCUGCUUCAGAUCCGGCGCCGGCGAGGCUGAUAUGGUGGCUGCGAGGCCAGACGGCGAGAGACGUAGCCGACGAGCCCGACGACAGCAAGCUCGAUGGCGAGCUCGACGGCGGCGGAGACGUCUUCUGUACUGCGAGCUCCACCAUCCCUACACAUACUGUACUGCGAGCUCGACGACGACAGUGGCGUCUUCUUGGCAGGCAAAAUUCCUAACUGUUGGAGUAGCUUCGUCAUAAGCCUGAAAUGCAACUUGGAGGACAAUUGGACAACAGGAGAACAAUUGGACAACAUCAUCAGGAGGUUAGCAACCAACACGAACUGCAACACGAAAUUUCAGGAUAAUCGGGAGGACAGCAACAAUAAAUUUCAGGAUCACAAAGAGUUCAGUGGAGGCGGGGGCGGGGACGGGGAUUGGAGUACACCAACCGUCCGCAAUAGUGGUGGGGUGGGGGGAUCGGGGGCGUCGGCGUCGCCCACAAGCAGCAACGGUGGCAGUAGAGGCGUCCACCACCGCGACCACCACUAGCAGCCGGCGGCCAAGCGGACCAGCCUGGUGGCCGAAGCGGAUCAGCACGGCGCCGUUAGGCGGCGGAGUCGGGGCCGACAAGCUGUGUCUUGGGUGGCGAACUGGCGAUGGUCCUGCUCGUGGGUGGGCGACGAAGUUCCUGCCCGUGGCCGGUGGAGGUCCUCCGAGUGGGCGGCGGAGGUCCUGCUCGUGGGCGGCGGAAGUCCUGCUCGUCGGUGGGCUAGUUGGCCGGCUCCUGGGCGGUGUAGGAACUGCUCGUGGGCGGCGCAUGGCCUGCUAGAGGGCGUCGCAUGACCUGGUCGAGUGCGUGGAGGAGCAGAAGCCGCAGCUCUCCUCCGGCGGGUGGCGCAGGUGAGUAGAAGCGGAGGCGCAGGUGCACAGGGGCGCCGCAGGCGGGCGGCGGCGCAGGUGGGCAGGGGCGCUGCAACGGUGGCUGGGGCUGGGUGCCGACGCCCGACGGUGCUGCCGCGGGCGACGGGGGAUGGAGGAAGAAGGAGAGGGGGUAAUUAGUGUGAUGUUUAAAAGUGAGAGGUCCUUUUUGUAAAAAUGCCAAUGUACUACACCGUGGACAACUUUUUCGGGACGGAGGGAGUAACUCAAUACAACAAUUGUCCCGAAUACAACAAUGAUACCGAUCACACAUGAAUUAAGUAAAAUGAAUGUAAAAUUGGCCGGUGCCUUUGUCAA